CAAAAGAGUUUGAAAUACUUGAAGAAACUGCCGUUCUUGCGUACUCCCAAAUACAACAAAUUUUAGUGAACCGACAGCUGAUCGCAGCAACUCAUACGUAACUUGGGUUUCGUUAAUUGGACGAUGAAUGGAAUUAUAUACUGCACAAUGUUCAGAACCCUGUUUAUACUAAGCGCGCAAGCUAUCCAGACUUCGAUGAUGCAAUCUGAGGGAGGAGAUACCAAUAGUACUUGUUUUAAAAAUUCCUGCUACAAUUUUAAUGCGUCAUACGAAACAUGGAACGAAAGCAGAAGAAUUUGCCAGGGGCAGGGAGGUGACCUAGUUUCCAUUGAAACCGAAGAAGAGUGGAAUUUUAUCAAUGACACGAUUCGACAUGAUCGAGGAGAAUGGUGGCACAUCGGUCUGGUAAGAGAAAACAGGAGUUGGACCUGGGUGAGUGGAAAACCACUGAAUAUUUGUAAAUUGGAUGAUAAUCAGCUAAUAAUGAGGAAGGGAACUAAGGCCGCGAUACUCAAAAAGAAGCAUCUGGACCGUUUUCCAUAUGGAAUGCUCAGAAGGAACUUUGAUUUCGCGAGUUUGCCAUAUAUUUGUGAACUUCCCAACGGUAACAAAACAUCACAGCUGUACGGUAUACUGUAG